AUGCUGGAUUCUAAUUCAAACCAAGAGUUGACAUCUCGGUUGCCGAAAGUCGGCCGGCAUACCGGCACUAAGAAGAGUCACGACUCACUAACAGGAUCCCGGUCCGGUAGCAGUUCAAGGCUUAAGACCGUUCCGGCUUUAACCUCCGAAGAGCUCCGCAUAUUGUCAACUAAGACCGAAAAGCUCAUCUUAAAGCACAAUCAACUCAACAAGGGACUCUUACGUGAAAACGAGAAAACUCAUCCCGGCCCUGACGAUCAGCUGUCAAGAAAAAAGUUAUUACGGGGACAAAAGCAUUUAAAAAAGAAAGCAGCCCAACACAUUAAGAAACUUUUUCAUCUCAAAGAAUUGUGUAGAAAAGAUCCCUCUUCUAAGCAAGAACAACAACUAUACGAUAACAUUCAACUACUACACUCUAGGUUCAAUGAGCACCUUGGACCACUACUAGUAUCCCACAACAACUCUAGAUUGAAUACUAUUGAUGAGAAAAACACAGGCAAGAUGAAUUUCGACGAAGAAUCCUCCAUGUCAUUGCCAUGCUCGGAGGCUCCUGGUCAGUCCAACGAUUCCACCCAAGAUCCGAUGUUGAGCGGAUAUUCCGCCGAGCGUGCUUCCGCAAGUGAGGAAGUAUGUGGUGGAAAGAGAAAGUCAGAGGACAACGAUGGCGCAUCAGGCAAGAAGCGCAAGCAGAGCAUUUCGGACGAAGUUGAUGCCUCGGCAGGCCUACUGGAGAUGCCGUUAGUCCCGACCACGUCUGACGAAAAGAACACUGAUGCUCAGGAAGCUGGCAAUGCACUAUCGUCGAACUCCCCCGGCCAAUCCGAUGACUCCAAGUCAUCCGGCAAGCAGAAGGUGGAAGCUAAGCAUCAAGAGCAACAGUCAGGCGCGAGUCACGGAUACCAGCAAUCAUACCCGGUAGCGAAUAGCAUCACAGCCAACGCAUCAACUUCUACUCAUGGUGCUCAGGCUGCUGACCGGGAGAAACUCGAACAAAGGCGUCGACUAGAUGAGAUCGUCAAAGAUCAUAUUGAUGACUUUGGCAUUGUUUACGACCGACCUGGCGUUAAGACUUCUGGAGUUUUUGACAAUCGCUUCUGGAUGAUGUCUGGCGGGCUAGUAACUGACCCCCUUCAGGUCGAGGGAAUCUGGCGUAAUUCGGCGUCCACUUCUGAUCUGUCCACUCCGGCUUCCUCGCCAACGCUUCAUACUAUGCAAGCCCAGCUCCGCCAGCCUGAGAAUUCCGCUCAUCCUACUCGGAUCGGAGGUCCUUCGCCCCCUCAGUACUUUGAUCGAGUCAUGCCCACCGUGACCCCUACAUUUGCGCCCACGACACCCUAUGACGGUUCUCAAAUGGGCGGUUCGGUCCAGGAAGAGGAUGACGAGGAUGAAGACGACUAUUACGCAGGUCCUGCUAACGGAAAUCCUUUUGGAAUCCCGACAUCAUACCCGACGAUCCAGCCGGAAUCGCAGACUCAAUCGAGAGCUGGAGUGUACUCCCGCAGUCCCUCGGUAUUCACCCACGCUAGCCUCCGACCGUCCUCGUCUCCCAUUCCGCAGCCUGUCGACGAUCUCGUCGUCCUUGUUGGCGUCCCGGGAGUUGGCAUCCCGGGAGUCGGCGUGCCCGGCACAGGGAGUGCUGGCAGGACACCGUCUUCCAGCAGCUGCCCAGGACGAUGUAUCAACCGACAGAUUGACCUCGCCGAAGCUCUCGCGAGGGAUCGUAUGGUCCUACAGAAGGAGAAGGAAUUGUGGACCAUGAUGAUGGGGUUUUGAAAUUUCUUGUUUGUGCGUUUGGGGAUUAUUCGUUAGUUGGUCAUACUCGUUUUUUGCAAGGAGUUGGGCCUGCUGAAGCCUGAAGGGGGAUUCUCGUUAUUUUAGGAGCGGCGGUUUUGCACACCACUUCUUUUUAAUAGCCCGAGUUCCCAUACGUGUAGCAGUCAUCUCUCGCAUUCGUCGGCUUGGUGUUAGUGUAAUAUAGUGCGAUGCUAUAGAUAGCUCUUGAUUACUGGCUAGCUUCUCUAGGGUCUAGGUCUAGGUCUAGGUACUCUACGUUGAUUUCGGUUUCUUAUGUUAGCCACGACACUGGCCUUGACGGGUUAUUCAAGUACAUCCUGUCCAUCAACACAUCUGUCGUGGGGCUGGCCGAUUGCCUCCCUACCUUAGGUACCUUAGGUAGUUUGGCUCACGUAGAAUUCAUACAAGACAACGUUUCCU